AUGAUUGUAUCGUACAAAAGUGAAAUUGCUGAAAUCUUAUCCAAUAAUACUUUGAAAUAUGCGAUUUGCCUCGUAAAAUGUGCUGAAAAGUAUGUCGACAAGAAUAAUUUUUUGAAUUUUCUUAGUGAGCCUGAAAAUAGUCGUAAAAACUGGGGAUUCUAUCUUUGUAAACUUGCUUGCACAUUGCCCGAUUUCAAUGGAAUUUGGCUAAAACAAUUUAUUGAUGGUCAAUAUUGGUUUCAUCAUAGCGAAUUUCGUUCAAUAAUUUGUACCGAUUCAAUUAAUGAUUUAAAUGUCAAUAUUCAACUAAAAUUGAAUGUAUCGCUGGUAUAUGCACCUAAUAUUUUUGUGAUCGAAGUAAUUCAGCGAGAAGAAUCACAAUUUGACGUGUCAGCAGAGAAAGUCAUUGAUGUUACAUUCAGUUUCGCACCAGUAAUAAAAUUUAUUGUUUUAAAUGGAAUGUCAAAAAAAUUAUUUAAAUUCCGUGUUUCAACAGUUACGACACAUGGUGUUUCUUUUUUCCAAACUUACAGCAGCUGGUACUCUUUCCACAAUCUCCAAGGAUCUCAAGUUGAAUUAACUCCAGUGUUAAUGAAUGAGACAAUAGUGAAUGAUUCUGUUUGUGCGGUUUUCGGUUGGAAGAAUAACGCUGAAGUAAUUUCAUCAUGCUUGAUAACUGCAGAAAUUGUUUCUUAUGAUGAUAUGCAACAACAGCAUUUUUUAUUGAGUCACGACCGAUCUUUAUUCUUGUGUAAAUUACAAUUCGAGAAAGAAUACACCAUUCAAUUAUAUCCAACAGAAAAUAAUUUUAAGAGGAAAUUGCUUCGAAUUAAUCAAUUACGGUUUACAACCUCUCCUUGUCAUCUACUGGCCAAAACUAUAAAUGACUGUGUGGUUCUUGGAUAUUCAUUUACCGAUAUUUCAGCACCUUCACCGCCGUCCAGUUUGCAGUGGAAUUGGAUUGCACCAGAAUUUAUCAACAUAACUUGGGAAUAUUCUGGUACGAAACGAGAAACUGUGUUCUAUUUUGUUAUUAUAUUAAAGUCAUUGUUAACAAUCAUGAAAGAAAGUUAUAAAAACUCAGUCACUAUGACCUCUUUUGGCGUUGAAUGCAAUUUUGAGAUUGAAAUUCGUGCUUUUGAUUUUCAUAAUCGCUUCUCAGAAGCUUUCAUCGUGAAAUAUUAUGCUUCGGGCAUUUUUCAACCAAGGAGAUAUUCAUUUAUAAUUUGCUGCACUUGUUUCAUUCUUUUUUUAUGUGCUGUUUGCGUAGUUUUUGUUUAUUUUCGAGAGAAGCUAUAUGCAUUUAACUAUAAAAAGAAUGAAACGAAGGACCUUGGUAUUAUUAAUGUGAAUGAGCGCAGUAUUCAUGCCGAUAUUCAGUCAAUUGGCAAUGUCGAAUCAACUAACCAAGCACUACCAAGUACUGUUCAUUCUACUACUAUCAGUACCGAAGGUCAAAAUGUUGGAUGUGAACAGAGAUAUUACUUUAAUAUUGGAUGUGAGCAAAAAGGUUACGUUAAUGUUGAUCGCAUUUGUUAUAAAUGCGUCUCCCGCAUUUCUGCAAAUGAUCGGAAACGAAUAAACAAUUUUCGUUCAUUGUCAUGUGUUUCCCUCAAUAACUCAGUUUCUGAAAAUAAUUAUUUAAAAAACUCGAAAUAUCAGAAAGGUGAUCGAUACAAUAAUAUAUCAACAUAUUUUGGAACAAGAUCUUUUUUUCCGAAGUGGGUCAGUAUGGACGAGAUUGAAUUGAUCAAAAAACUUGGUUUUGGGAAUUUCGCGGCUGUAAAUAUGGUUCGAUGUAAAACAACAAAUAUGGUUGCAGCGUUGAAACUAUUGCACGCUACAAGAGGAUCAAAUCGUAAUAGAGAAGCGUUCAUUAAUGAAGCAAUAGCAUCCAAAAAUCUUUGUAGAUCAGGUCAUUCAAAUAUUAUACAAUUUAUCGCUUUUUGUCAUAGUAAUAAUUCUAUUAAUGAGCUUUGUGGUCUAUUAUAUGAAUAUUGUGAAGGUGGUGAUCUUAAAACUUUAUUAAAAAGAAUGCGAAAAAGAGCAGUCGAAUUAUUUCUAUUUGACGACAAUUUAUUUAGUAGUUUGUUUCAUGGAACCGUUGGUAGCAAUAUUUUCCUGUUUGUUGGUCAAACAAAAGAGGCACUUUCUGUUAGCACAACUCCGAACUCCGAAGCUAUAAUUGCCAGCUACCCAAUAUUCAUGGCUAUUGGCAAUAAUGAAAAAAUUUGCAAAUUGGUAUCCAACAUUGCAUCUGAACUAACCAAAUUUGCUUUUCACAUCGCGAAUGCUAUGGAUUAUAUCAGUUCGAGGCGAUAUGUGCAUCGCGAUAUCGCUGCCCGCAAUGUCUUACUUGCUCAUCCAUCGCUAUCUGAUCCUUUCCAAUGCAUGCCAUUACAAACUGCUAAGAUCGCUGAUUUCGGAUUAUGUAAAGCGUUAGGUGAAUCAAGCGACAUCAUCGAAAAUCGUCCAUGUUUUUUGCCGAUUAUGUGGUUACCUUAUGAAUUUUGGUUAGAUAACAAAUAUGGACUUCCUGGUGAUGUAUGGGAAUAUGGUUGUAUGCUAAUUGAAAUAGUAACUCUUGGUAGCAAUCCUCGUAUAGUGGUUAAGCGAAAUGACUUUUUUGCUCCUCGUGAAGAUAUAUCAGAAUAUAUAAGCAGCCUUUCAUCGGGAUUCGUUAUUUUGUAA